UACGGCAAACUUGACCCAACUGCGCCCCAAUUGUGCACCACCCAGAAUGCCAUCUUCACCUGCACAUUGCAAAGCACUCCAAUCUCUAGCCAUUCCAUAGGUUUCGCUGUAAAAAAUUCCAGUACCAAUAAGUCGUGGAAACCUGUUUCCGAAGACUGGGUAACCAUGAUGAGCCAAACUGUAUCCAUGUUUACACUUUACAAUGUUACAACUAAAACUUGGGUAAAGUGUCUCUACUGGGAAACAUUUGGAAUUAUAAACGAUACAGAGAUGCUUGGUGAUGUGUCAACUAUUACAGUUUUCCCCAUGCCGGUUGAAUUGGAUGCUGUAAACUGUGUUGUAGAUAAUUAUCUUGACUCCAUGAACUGUACGUGGAAUGAUGGAACAACCUAUCAAAACGGGUUCACACCUUAUGUCACGUUUCUGUGGAGGAUACCAAGUUAUAGUCCAGCUUGGAACAAUUGUCCACAAUUGGACCAACAGUACCGGUACUGUUACUGGUCUGACUCUAGUAAAGGUGACUUCACUUUGAAAGACAUAGAUAUUCAACUGAUUCAGAGGUCCCCAUGUGGAAUAAGUGUUACCUCCAACUUCACAGUGGAAACCUCACAGAUAGUGAAACCCAGACCAGUGACUGAAUUAGCAUCUAGGACUGUAAACAGUACAUGUAUUUAUGUGCAAUGGAGAACCAUUCACUCACAAAUGCAGUAUCGUAAAGAGCAUAGGGUGAUCAUAACAAACAAGUGGGGAAAGCCUCAGAUAUUUAAGUUCUACACAACAAAUGAAACUGAAAGGUACGUCCACAAUAGAACAUUUUGUAAUCUACAUCCCUACACAAAGUACCAAUUUACAGUGGAUAUUCAGCCAAUAGGAGAUGAGGCAGGGUUUUUCAGUGAUCCGAAGCAAACAGAGGCGAUGACAUACUCUGAUUUUCCUAGUGCAAGCCCGGAGGUUGUCUCAGGGGGUUACGAGUGGAAUCCGAAUGUUUGUAAAUCACCUUAUACUAAAAGAAGUAUCUGUGUUCCUUUAAAGUCCAUUGCACCUAUAAAUGAAAAUGGGCCAAUGAAAGGCCUUGUUGUGACAUACAUCAAUGAACAAGGGAAAGAAAUGCGUGUAGACCUGGCGGAAGAUUUAAAGUAUGCUUGUACGUGUAACUUGAUGUGCAAUGCUACGUAUGUGUUCUAUAUCAAAACCAGAAAUGUGAAUGGAACUUCCACAGUGUAUUCCUCAAUACGAAUACCGGCAUCAACAUUAGGUAUUGAACAACCAAAUUUCAUUGUUGAAGCAGGAAAUGGCACUAAUGUGACAGUCAGUUUGCCUGAAACAAAAGAAGCUUCCACUUUCAUUGUAUUUUGGUGUAGAAACAGAAAUGGUAAUUGUGAAGAAAAGGAAAACAUAAACUGGAAAGUGUUUGCUGGGAACACAAGAGAGGCUGUCAUACAGAUAGAGAAAACUAACUCACCACAAGAUUUUCUGUAUGCUGUUAGCUUACUGACCGAUCAAGGGAGUAGUGGAUUUUCAUGGCAGGGGUGCGUUUACCUUAAAAAUGCAUCUCCGCAACGGGAAGUUAGAAACCUGGCUGUUUCCCCGGGACCAGAGGAUGAUUCGUUGGUGGUGACUUGGGAUAAAUUGUCUUGCCAGUCAGAUCAACCGUAUAUAGCCAAAUACAAUGUGCGGUACAACGAAGUUAAUAAUCGGCACUAUGCAGCUGUGAAUGUAUCAGCUUCUGGUGAAGCCAGGGUGGUGUUACGUGAUCUAAAGCGAGACCAAGCUUACAGUGUUUCAGUGAGAGCUGUCACAAGGACGGGAAAAUAUGGACCAAUCGACCAACCUAAGACCAGCACACCUGUUAAUAAUAGUUUGAGGCAAUGGGAAAUAGUAUUAUUUACGACUGGUGUAGUGAUUGCAGUUAUUGUUAUUAACAUCAUUGUAAUUUUAGCUAUAAGCUGUUUCAGAAAGAAAAGGAAAUCCAUUUUGGAACAGGGGAAUAUAAAAAUUGAUGAUGAUUUUAUGAAAGGAGAAUAUGCAAAUAGAACUCAUUCGAUUGAACGCCAGAGUAGUGAUGAUAGUGGCUUUACUCCAAUGACUCCUCCAGCUGACAGGUUUGUAGAUCAACCUUCGUAUAAUGACACAUCUUUUUUAAGUAGCCUGUCUACCACAACUUAGACCUGAUGGUUAUUGCAUAGCCACAAACGGUACUAGUCAAGCAAGUUUGCCAAUCUUACAUAUCCCGUAUACUACAGACAUUCUAAUUCCACAAAAUCCAAUUGUGGCUGAUGUCGGCUUUGUAUUUGAUGACAGAUACUCGAAAAGUGGAGAAACCUUUUUGUUGGAUUUUGGUCCAACUCCUAUGCAUAAUGAAACGGCAAUUAAAACAAGAGUAAAGAAAGAAUCCGGUGAUUCCUGGUAUGAGUGAGACUCUUGCAAAAGAAAUAAUUGAGACAUCAGAAACUGAUGUUCUAAGUAAGACUGUCGAACAUGUUGAUAAAAAGAAUUCUCAAAUUGAACCAAUUAUUGGUAGCAGUGAAUUUCAUACACUACUGUAAAGAAAAGAAUUCUUUUUAUCAACAUUGUAUGCGUGUUUUUAAUGACCAUAGGCAUUUUGUUUUUGUGUGUAUCACAAUUUAUUUGUAGAAACGUUGGUUAAGCAUUAAAAUGCAUGUAUGUGUAUAUAGAAAUAAUAGACAUUUCUCUGUAUAUGUAAUAACACAUCUAUCUUUGUAUAUAUUAAAAUGAUACGCACUUAAAAUUAAUGUCAGACAUUUUCAACGUCAUUGUCAUUUUAUGUAUUGCAAUUUUACUCUACAUUUUUGUUGUACAUUUUUUCUAGAAAUAUACACCUUUUCACUUUUUUAACAUUCAUAUCAACAUUUUAGUGCCUUACAUGUUUGAUGAAUCAGAUUUGUUUAUUUUGUUUUGUUUUAAAAAUUUUGUGUGAAUUAAAUGAAUAUAGAGAAACAUGGAUUGUUAAAAUAUAGUUUACAUGUUCCCUGUUAUGUGGCAUUUAUGUAAAAAGUUUUAUUUUAUUGUUCCAAAAAAUGUUGUUAUACAAAUCAUACUUGUCUAUUUUUGUAUGUAAAGAAUAAUGUGUUGGAAAAAUGAUUCAUGAACAAUGAUCAUUUCCAAAAUCAAAGUUAGGCACACCAAUAUACACAUUUUAGGGAGUAAUUGUUAAAGCGCAUCAUAAGCACAUCUAAAUAUUAUGUUACCUACCUUCGUUGAUUUUAUUCAUCUGAAUUAUAUUUAAUACGAGUAUACAUGUAAUUUAGAACAGAAUAGUAUAAACAUGUAUACUUUGGAAAUGAUCAUUGUUCAUUCUUUGAAGGGGUUUCAGUAUCAAAAUUAAUAUGAAUUCCUUGAAUCUUGCAAACUGUUGGCAUUAGUUAAUCAGUAUUGUUUAAAGGUGUUUUUUGUAACUUGCAUAAUUUUGAAUUGUUUUGUAUACUGUACAGUAUAUUUUGAUUCUAAAAAGCACCACUGAUUAUUGUGUAAAUUUUUAGCUCUUCUGUUUCAAAUAAAAAUUCGAGCUAUUAUUAUUACUGCUUAGUCGUUGUCUAAGUCGUGCACAUGCAACAACUUUAAUGUAGUCCGUUUUUCUAAACAUUUUAAAAGGUAAUAAAGUAGGCAUACUUGCUUAACAUGAUAAGGUGCAGUUGAUCAUGACAAGGUCAGUUGUAAAACAAGCGGGUUCAUUAUGAAAGCUAUACUCCUAGAGUUAUAUGCCCCUUUUAAGUUAGAAUCUUUGGUUAUAAUUGGUUAUUUAUUGUCAGUGCGCUCAACAGACGAGUGUUAAACAUGACAUGCGGUGCUUUUAUUUGUAAUUGUUUGGGGUUGAGUAAGCAGUCUUUUAGAUGAUUAAGAUUCCAAGGUUUGUCUCUUACUUCAGCCUUAAUAUUUCUUCAAAGUUUUGACUCUUUGAUUACCAGUAAAGUUAAGUUAUGAAGCAGACUUGACAGUCGAAAUACCUGAAUGCUUCACUAUUCGAUGUUGAUAAAUAUUUUUAAUUUGUAAUUUAAGUGCCAUACUGUAUAACAAAAAAAUCAUAAGUACUGUGCUAUUUUUAUUUGGAUAAGUAACUAUGCUGACUUAACUAUGCAUGCAUUAUUGUGUUGAUAUUUUUAUAUUCUGGGAACAAUGUAACAGAUUUGUGAUAUUUCAGUGAUAUAAAUGAUUUUUUGUACUAAUUUUUGUAAGUUUGACUUGACAAAGGAUGAAUAAAAAAUAUUAAUUUUGUAAUUUGUAAAACAGUAACAUUUUAUUAUGCAUAAUAAUUUAGCAACAAUGAACUGUUUUGAUACAUGUUAUAAUUUCUGGCAAAAACAUUAAAAAAACAGUUAGAAAUAUAUUGUUUUCAUCUAAUUGUUUGGCAUGUAUAGGAAAUCUAUGAAUAUGCUUAAGACCUUUCGUUUUCUAAUAAUAAACUUGCAUUUUAUACUGAAAUCUAUAAUCUUUUUUAUUGUCUGCAAAAGAAAUAUUGCAUAGAGAUUUGUUCACGUUAAUUUUUACUGUGUUCUAUGAACGUUGCCCGCCGAUGUCAAUAUUUUCUCGCCUUUUUUACAUUUUAUACUGUUGACUUUAAUCCUUAAACUGCUGAUUUUCGUAAAUGGACUUGUCCAGUUUUAUCUUAUAACAGUCCAUUUUAAAUUUAAGGUAUUUCAAUAUGGAAAUACAAGGAAAGAGCUUGGUCAAAUUGCAUGACUGUCCAGGCUAAAUACUGGUGGCAAAGGCUUAUCGCUUUUGGUCCCAGCAAAGUAUAUUUGUUAUAUGCAAUAAUCAAAAUGCUGUUGAUUCCCUCCAAUUCAGAUGAGAAAACUGCAAAAGUUUAAGUUUUGGUUCUUUUUACAGAUUGUGCUUAUUGUUAUUGAUUUUUAAAGUGAAAUUAUGCCCAUCUAAAGGUAUAUAGUGAGUGAACAGGUGAGAGUCCCAAUAGAUUUUCAUUUUGCCAUAAUUCCUUUUGAUUUAAUAAUUUACUUUGCAUAAACACUAAAUAACCCCCGUAUCCAAACGAAAUGUCUGUAAAUAUCAUUUAGAAUUUACCUGUAACGUUCAGUUUAUAAAAAGAGUGGGGCAGUCUUUUUAUAUUAUAUGCAGAUUUUAAAUUUUAUCUUAAACAUUUUCCAAUAUAAACUUUUGUCAAACAUCAUUUAAAUAGUCAAUCUUUUGAAAUGUAAAGUCAAACUAUGAACAUAUGAGCAUAAUUUCACUUUAAUCUUGUAUAUUGGUGUAAAUUUUAUGAAACGUCCAAUACAUUUCUCUUUUGUUAAAUGGCAUUUUGAUGAAGUCUAUUUACAUUAAUAUUUUUAAUUGACAUUCAGGAAAUAAUUAGAUUUUAGAUGUCAUGGCAUGAGAUUUUGAUUGGUGUAAGGUAACAUAACGUUUAAACCAUGUAUU